AUGCCACUGCCGCUCAUCAGAUUCCUCACUCGCGGCCGGCCCACUACAGCCGCUGGCACCCCACAUGACGCGCCGACCCCCACUUGUACGACCGCCACCGUUCCAGCCGCCGGACCAUUAUUCGCCGGUCUCUGCGCCUUCUUCUCCAACUCUUGUUCAAUUUCAACUCGUGCAGCCUGGGUUCAUCAUGGUGGUACCUUGGCUCGAGCCGAACAAGUCCCCAAGGGUAUCCCGAUCCAUCUCUUCUUUGUCGUUGAGCAUAGACCAUCGGAUUGCGAGACACGGUGAGUCCUAUCCACGAAAGAGCCUCGGAGCAACAUAGAUACUCUCUCCUCGCGUGGGAAGUGUGCAAAUAAGUCUUGAGAAUAUUGAAAACUGACAGACCACAAUUUCGUUGACCAUGUCAUUGCACAGCCUCGAAGCCCUCGGCCUCAAGCUCCACGACCAACGCUACGUCUGGGAUUGCCUCGAUCACAAAAGCUUACUCGCGCUCGAACCGUAUCUCGUACCAUCUCGUCAAUUGAAGGAGAACGAGUCAUCCACACCGUCCCAAUUGGACGUGAUUCAGCGGAGGGAGAUGACGGCACCCGAUCCGGAAGAAGAAACUGUGCAGUCCGAGGGGAACGAUCACCCCUCUCUUGCCUCGCCAAGUCCGAGUUCGUCGGCCCCACACGGCGAUCCAACUUCAAUCAAGACCCCAAUUCGCUCCUUCAUGUUUCCGGAUCCCGUACCAUCACACUCCAAAGAGACUCCGUCCCCUCCGAAGCAGUUUCGACCCUCCGACCUUGACUUCAGGUUCUCUCCUGCCUCACCUUUGGUGACAGUCGCUGCCGCCCAACUGAUCCGAUCUUCGAGUGCGACCGCGGAGUCCGACCAUUCUGACUCAGCGCGCCAUGAGUCUCCUGAGUAUUCCUCGAGUCUAUCCAGCAAUUCUUCCCAGUCCGUGGAGAACUCGCUUUUCCCCAACCGAGAGAGAGGAGGAGGAAGUACUCGCCUCGCGCCUUUCUCGUCCGCAGAGACCCGUACGCAUACGCAAUACGAGUCCGACUCCCCGGACUCAAAAACCUUCUUCCACGACUCACAAUUGGAAGGCGAACGAAUUGAACCAGUCACGCUGGACGACGUACCACGAAGUACUACGCCUCCCCUUACCCCUCCCUCACCCCUAUUCGACCUCACCUCACUUCCACCCGCAAGGCCUCCGAGGAUUCCCCUCGUCAACUUCAUCCACCAUUUCAACUCAGUCCUACCACCCCAAGCCGAGCUAAGAAAGGGUUUGAAGGAGUUAAAGCCGGGGUACGAUGGGUUCGUCGCUGUUCGGAAGAAGCGCGAGGGUGAAGAUACUGGGAGGGGGGAUGGGGAGCAAUUGCUGGAGGGAAGUGCAGUCAAUCAUGGGGCUAAGAAGAUUAAGGUGGAAUGA